AUCAACAAAACGAGUAGACCAGUACAGCAAUACUGCUUCAUAAAGAUAGACUACUCAAGAGAGGUUUCAGUUAACAUUUUGAAUAAAAUUGGAGUCUGUGACUGACAUCGUGAAAGAACAUUUGUUCUGUGUCAAAUGCGUCAUUGCUUUAGGGCGUGCUCCUGCCAAUAGUGGCUAUAUAGAUGGGAGGUGAUCUCGACUGCUCCACACAGGCAGCUUCACUGCAGCAUCAUAACAAACCACUCAAGAGUCGCCGGCACAAAUAAAUAUGCAGGCUGAGGAAUACAACCGCAGAGGUAAGGAGUUGGUGGACUACAUCACAAAAUAUUUGGGCUCCAUCCGGGAGAGAAGGGUGAUUCCAGAUGUAAAGCCAGGCUACAUGAGGGAACUUCUGCCGGACACGGCACCCACAGAGCCUGAGGAUUGGGAGAAAAUCUUUGGUGACAUUGAGAAGGUUAUCAUGCCGGGAGUGGUUCACUGGCAGAGUCCUCACAUGCAUGCCUACUACCCCAGUCUGACAUCAUGGCCCUCAAUGCUGGGGGACAUGCUGGCUGAUGCCAUCAACUGUGUUGGUUUCACAUGGGCCUCUAGUCCUGCCUGCACAGAGUUGGAAAUGAAUGUGAUGGACUGGCUUUGUAAAGCUUUAGGACUUCCCCAAUUCUUCCUCCAUUAUCACAGUGAGAGCCGAGGAGGAGGUAUCAUCCAGAGCACCGUCAGCGAAAGCACACUAGUGGCUCUUCUGGCAGCCAGGAAAGACAAAAUUCUGCAACUGCGGGCCGAUUUGGACCACGACAUGGAUGACUCUGUCCUGAAUUCAACACUGGUGGCUUAUGCUUCAGAUCAGGCGCACUCCUCAGUGGAGAAAGCGGGUCAGAUCUCUCUCGUGAAGAUCCGCUUCCUUCCCACAGAUGAGCAUCUGUCUCUGAGAGGGGAGAUAUUGAAACAGGCGAUACAAGAGGACAGAAGCAGGGGACUGGUCCCUUUUCUGCUAUGUGCCACUUUGGGAACCACAGGGGUGUGCGCCUUUGACACUCUCUCGGAAUUGGGACCAGUGUGUGCAGAAGAGGGACUAUGGCUCCAUGUGGAUGCUGCGUAUGCUGGGUCAGCCUACUUCUGUCCAGAGCUACGCUGGUCCCUUGAAGGCAUUGAAUUUGCACAUUCGUUUGUCUUCAACCCAUCAAAAUGGAUGAUGGUCCAUUUUGACUGCACGGCUUUUUGGGUCAAGGACAAACUCCAACUCCAACAGACGUUCAGUGUCGACCCCGUUUAUCUCAGACACGAAAACUCGCAGGCAGCCACAGACUUCAUGCACUGGCAGAUUCCACUCAGUCGUCGUUUCCGCUCUCUCAAGCUCUGGUUCGUCUUGCGUUCAUUUGGACUGAAAAAUCUCCAGGGACAUAUCAGACACGGUAUUGAGAUGGCAAAGCUCCUGGAGUCUCUGAUAAGAAGUAACCCAAACUUUGAGGUUCCUGCAAAGAGAUACCUCGGCCUGGUUGUUUUCUGUCUGAAGAAAGGUAAUGCUUCAACCCACGAGCUGCUGAGGAGGCUGACACGCUCUGGUGCCAUGUACCUCAUUCCUGCAGACAUUCACACCAAACGCAUCAUUCGAUUCACGGUGACGUCACAGCACACCACAACCGAUGACAUCCGCAGAGACUGGAGCAUUAUCUCCAAAAUUGCUUCCAAUCUCCUCGCUGACACUCGGGCUCUUGAUAGUUCAAAGACGUUAGGAGACAAUGUGAAAGGAGAUGGAGAUAACAGCGUUGUCAGGCCACAGGAGACUGAAGAGACUGCCCCAAGGAUGGACAAGGCCCAAGUGGAGCUUUGGAUUGACAAGGCUUGGAAUCAGUCCAGGAGACCCAUGCGCUCUUUGAGCUGCAAUAGUGAGCCUCUGCCAUACAGCUAUCUCGGUCCAAGAACUGGCUACGCCUUUGAAAUAAAGCUGAGCCCUCAAGUUGAAGUGGUCUCGCCGACGUUAGCAACAACUGGGGGCGGCCCCACAGCAAAGAUGGCGGAGUUGCCUUCUAAGAUUGUCGGAAAGCAAAUCAUGAAAAAGCUGACAAAGGUCAACAGUGUUCCAAGUUUUCGCAAUCAGUGGGCGCAGGGUGGUCACCACCAGCUAUGCUGUUCUCUAAAAGUCUCUCAGCCGCCAAAACAUUUGAUCUCAACCUGCAGGAGAAUUAACUGUAUGCCGUCUUCACCCAUUACCCACACAGCUGUCUCGCCAACAUCCAUGGAAACUACUCCGGAUCCCAAACUCCCGUAAAUGUGGUUUAGUGAGUUAGGGAACUAAUUCGCAAAGUGGGGUUUGUAGGGUCCCUCUAGUGGUGUGAUAAAGGCUCACUUAAUUAAUUGUUCAAACUGUGUAUCGUAAUACAACGGCUUCAGCUUUUUUUAUUUUUGUUUUAA